AUGAGCUACGACUACGAUAAAGUUCCGCCGGAAUCGUAUCCUCCUCCAGGAUACCAAUCCCACUAUCCGCCUCCUGGUUACCCAUCGGCGCCGCCGCCGCCGGGAUAUCCUCACGAAGGAUAUCCUCCACCUCAGCCACACGGAUAUCAACCGUACCCACCACCGUCUUCACGUCCUUACGAAGGCGGUUAUCAAGGUUACUUCGCCGGAGCCGGAGGUUAUCCUCAUCAGGGACCGCCUCCUCCCCCUCCGCCGCAGCAUUACAACCACUACCAGCACGAUCAUCACCAUUACCAGGAUUCUGACUCUGGUUGCUCCUCUUUCCUUCGCGGCUGGUUCGUCUCCUCUCUCUCUCAUUCCCGCCUUUAA